AUGUCUACUUCAACGGCGACAACCACCCAACAGGCUGAACUAUCUGUUCUCCUGGCCGCUGAGCAGCAGAUUCCCUCGGCUGCUACCGAUGUCAAGUUCCAGUCUCUCGCCCGCGGUAACCGCAAUGGUACGCUGAAGUUGCGCGGCAUUCCCACUUUCUCUGAUCCCCUUGAGAAGCGAAAGUGGAUGAAAGAGCACAUGGCCGCUGCCUUCCGUUGGUUUGGUAAGCUGGGGUAUGGGGAGGGAGUCUCUGGUCACAUCUCGAUGCGCGAUCCUGUCCUGAAGGAUCAUUUCUGGAUGAACCCCUUUGCCAAGCACUUCUCUACCAUCAAAGCCUCCGAUCUUGUGCUGGUGGACCACGAAGGAUACGUCACCGAAGGAGGUGCCCAACUGCCCAUCAACGAGGCAGGAUUUAUGAUCCAUUCUGAAAUCCACAAGGCCCGUCCAGAUGUGGUGGCCGCGGCACACACCCACAGCAUCCACGGCAAAACAUGGAGCGCAUUUGGAAAGCCCAUUGAAAUGCUUACGCAAGAUGCGUGCAACCUGUAUGGUCGUAUCGGCGUCUAUGAUGACCAUGCCGGCGUUGCCCUCUCUCAGGAUGAGGGCAAAGCAAUUGCAAAGGCUCUGGGAAAGGAUAAUAUUGCAUGCAUUCUUCAAAACCACGGCCUCCUGACUGUUGGUACAACGGUCGACGAAGCCGCUAUCCUCUAUUCUAUGUUGGAGAAUGCCUGUCACUCUCAGCUUAUGGCUGAAGCGGCUGCGGCCAAUGGCAUCCCCAAGAGAAUCAUCAGCCCCGAGGUGGCUCAGUAUACUGCUGAAUUUGCUCAAAACCCGCACAACUUCUAUACUGAGUUCCAGCCAGAGUUUGAUUUGAUCGUUGAGGAGACAAAUGGAAGGGUCCUCCAGUGA